CUUCAGUGCCUAUAAAUCCCAAACAUCAAUGAAACUCUCCAUCGUUGAACUCUCAUAAAACAGCACUGCCAUUGGCAGAAGAAGAAGAAGUGAUGGAAAUGAAAGGAAGACAGGAAGACACAGAGAGCAUAGAAGCUAAAAACACUAAGCAGCUCAAAGAACAAGCGAUAUCAUGGGCAAAGCUGCGUCGUGUGGACUCCCUGAAUUUGGAGGCUGGCAGAGUCACCAUGUCCCAUACUCACCAUUCUCAUAAGAUUGAUUGGAAGAGGACAUUGAAUUUGGCGUUUCAGAGCAUUGGAGUAGUAUAUGGAGAUAUAGGAACCUCGCCACUUUAUGUAUAUGCAAGCACUUUCACCAAUGAGAUCAGGGCAAAAGAGGACAUUCUUGGGGUAUUGUCCCUUAUCAUUUACACAAUAUUGCUACUGCCCAUGCUUAAGUACAUCUUGAUUGUGUUGCGGGCCAACGACAAUGGCGACGGUGGAACCUUUGCACUCUAUUCAUUGCUAACCCGAUACGCAAAAGUGACCUUAAUCCCGAAUGAUCAGCCAGAGGACAGGCAGCUUUCCAACUACAAUCUUCAGAUCCCAUCCAAGCAGUUGAGGCGUGCUGAAAAGAUUAAACAUAAGCUGGAAACUAGUAGAACUCUUCAAGUCUUCCUUUUCCUGAUUACCAUCCUGGGAACUGCCAUGGUCAUAGGAGAUGGUGUUCUCACUCCAUGCAUUUCAGUUCUUUCUGCGGUGAGCGGGAUCAAGUCGCUUGGCCAAGAUGCUGUCGUGGGAAUUUCAAUAGCAAUCUUGGUUAUUCUCUUCUCCGUUCAACGAUUUGGCACCGACAAAGUAGGCUUGUCAUUUGCUCCAAUUAUUCUCUUGUGGUUUUUGUUCAUCAGCGGCAUAGGUCUCUACAAUUUGUUCAAAUAUGAUGUGAGUGUAUUACGUGCUUUAAAUCCAAAGUAUAUCUUUGAUUACUUCAAAAGAAAUGGGAAGCAUGGAUGGAUUUCACUUGGUGGAGUUGUUUUAUGCGUUACAGGGACUGAAGCUAUGUUUGCUGAUCUUGGCCACUUUAAUGUUCAAGCAAUCCGAAUUAGUUUUUCUACCAUCGUUUUUCCCGCUUUACUAUCUGCAUAUGCUGGGCAAGCAGCAUACCUCACCAAAUUUCCUGAGGAUGUCUCUGAUACUUUCUAUAAAUCAAUCCCGGAUCCAUUGUAUUGGCCGACAUUUGUUGUUGCUGUAGCUGCUUCAAUUAUUGCCAGCCAAGCCAUGAUAUCAGGAGCAUUCGCAAUCGUCUCUCAGUCAUUACGCCUCGGUUGCUUUCCCAGGGUUAAGGUUGUUAACACCUCCGCUAAAUACGAGGGUCAGGUUUACAUACCUGAGGUCAACUAUCUGCUCAUGAUUGCCUGUGUUAUUGUCUGUUGGGGGUUCAAGACUACUGAGAAGAUUGGCCAUGCAUACGGAAUUGCGGUGGUUGCUGUAAUGGUGAUAACAACAUGUAUGGUUACGCUUAUAAUGCUUGUAGUAUGGAAGACAAGGGUAUGGUGGAUCGCUCUCUUUUUCUUCGGAUUUCUCUUUAUUGAGUGCAUUUACCUAUCUUCUGUGCUGUAUAAAUUCAAAGACGGAGGCUACUUUCCACUGGCAGUAUCAUUAGUCCUGAUGAUAGUUAUGGGGAUAUGGCAUUAUGUGCACAAGGAAAGAUACAUGUAUGAGCUUAAAAACAAGGUGUCCACCGAAUACAUUACACAAUUGGCCGCAAACCCAACUAUAAACCGGAUGCCAGGGAUAGGACUUCUCUACUCUGAACUUGUACAAGGCAUUCCUCCGAUUUUCCCUCAUUUCAUUGCCAACAUACCAUCAAUACAUUCAGUUCUAGUGUUUGUUUCCAUCAAGUCUAUCCCAAUUAGUAAAGUAGCAUCGGAGGAGCGGUUCCUGUUCCGACAAGUUGAGCCAAGAGAGUACAGGAUGUUCAGGUGUGUAGUCCGCUACGGAUAUAAAGAUGCAAUUGAAGAGCCCCAUGUUUUCGAGCGGCAGUUGGUGGAAGGCCUCAAAGACUUCAUCCGCCAUGAACACUUCAUUCGAGAAGGAGGAGACACUGAAAUAGUGGCUAAACCAGAAAACCCCUUGCAUUCCACUCUACUAGUGAAGGAUGGGAUUCCGGGUUAUGAGGAGUCGUCGCCUAUUCCAUCUCGUGUUCCAUCAGCUUCCAUUCAUUCAUUCAACCCUCCUCGUCUAUCAUCAGGGUCCAUCCAGUCAAACAAUGGGAUCAAGUCUACAAAUUCUUCAAGUGGAAUCAAAUAUGCUUCAAUCCAGGGGAAGGGAGGUGCUGAAGAAGAAAUGCAAUUCGUGCAGAAUGCAAUGGAGAAAGGCGUUGUUUAUCUGCUGGGAGAAGCAGAAGUGGUGGCAGAACGAAAUUCAUCCUUGCUUAAGAAGUUUGUUGUCAACCAUGCGUAUAGUUUCCUGAGGAAAAACUUCAGACAAGGAGAUAAAGUCUUAGCAAUCCCAAAAACCAGUCUUCUCAAGGUUGGAAUGACAUAUGAGAUAUGAUAUGAAAGGCUCUGAAAAGAAAUGGUGGGUGUGGAAGUGCUGUGUGUUUGCAUAUUGUUUGUACCAUAUUAUGAUGAAAAUCUAUACUACUUAAUCGCAUAAUAUCAAGCAAUAAAUGUGUUCCUACACAAUUAUUCUUGAAUAUUGAUAGUAAAUACAUACAAAUGUACUAAUUGUUUUACUGACAUAGUCGGUAACAAUUAAAUGAGGUGAGUUAUAUUA